UUCUCAGCGCGAAGCGAACGUUGCAACAUCUAAUUUGCGCUAUUGAAAUUUGAAUCUGUUGUUCCAACAAUCUCUCAAAGUAAAGCAAUUUUCAUGAUUUCCUUUACAUUUCAUCGUCUCUACAGACUUCACCAUUUUACAGCUUCUACCACACUACUCAAUGGCCUCCUUUUCUCCCAUCCUUACCAUUUCUUCAACUUUAAUAGUAACCCCUUUUGGCGCUAUACCCAAUUCAAUUCUUUUACAACAAACCCAUUGUCUUCUGAUUUUGAUUCAGUUGUCAAAAGGGUCUGUUCUUUAGUAUCUGAAUCAUAUUGUAAAGUUCAAGAAAAUACCCAUUUCAAAUCUAGACAUCCCAAGUUGAAAUUGCCUAUAGAUUCUGAGUAUUUGACUCAAGAACAGGCUAUAACUGUUGUUGCUUCUCUUGCAGAUGAGGGAGGGUCCAUGCUGGCAUUGAGUUUCUUUUAUUGGGCAACUGGGUAUGUGAAAUUCAGGCAUUUUAUGAGGCUUUAUAUUGUUUUAGCUAUUUAUUUGAUUAAAAAUGGAAACUUUGAGAGAACCCAUGAAGUGAUGCAUUUUAUGUUGAGGAAUUUUUGUGAAGUUGGUAUGUUAAAGGAGGCUGUAGAUAUGGUUUUUGAGAUGCAAAAUCAAGGUUUGGUUUUGAAUGCUGGGAGUUUGAAUUCUGUUGUUAGUGCUGCUACUGAGAUGGGGCAUGUUGAGAUGGCAGAGAAGGUGUUUGGUGAAAUGUGUGACAGAGGGGUGUGUCCUGAUUCGUUUUGUUUCGAGUCUAUGGUUGUUGCUUAUUGUAGGAUGGGAAGAGUUGUAGAGGCUGAUAGGUGGCUGAGUGCAAUGCUAGAAAGGGGGUUUCUUGUUGAUAAUGCGACUUGCACUUUAAUAAUGAGCGUUUUCUGUGAUAAGGGGUCCGUUAAUAGAGUGUUGUGGAUUUUUAAUAAACUGAUUGAAUUGGGGUUGGCUCCAAAUGUUAUCAAUUAUACGUGUUUGAUAAAUGGAUUGUGUAAGAAAGGCAUUAUUAAGCAUGCGUUCGAGUUGUUAGAGGAAAUGGUUAGAAAAGGUUUGAAACCAAAUGUUUUCACUCAUACUGUAUUGAUUGAUGGUCUUUGUAAGAAAGGCUGGAUGGAUAAGGCUUUUAGACUAUUCUUAAAACUUGUGAAGAGUGACAAUUACAAGCCUAAUGUGCAUACAUAUACAGCCAUGAUAGCUGGAUACUGCAAACAGGAAAAAUUGAAUCGAGCAGAGAUGCUUCUGAGCAGAAUGCAAGAACAAGAGUUGGUCCCUAAUGCCAACACCUACACUGCUCUCAUUGAUGGGUACUGUAAAGUAGGAAACUUUGAUGUUGCGUAUAAAUUAUUGCGUGUGAUGGAUGAAAAAGGCUUGGCGCCAAGCAUUUUUUCGUAUAACGCUGUCAUUGAUGGCCUGUGUAAAAAGGGAAGGGUUCAGGAGGCUUAUCAGAUGCUGAAGAAAGGUAUGCAAAUUGGAAUUUCGCCAGAUUUAGUGACUUACACCAUUCUAAUGUCUCAGAGCUGCAAACUAGGAGAUAAUGGACAAGCUUUUGCUCUUUUCAGCAAGAUGGUUAAAGCUGGUAUCAGCCCUGAUAUGCAUACAUACACCACAUUAAUUGCUGCCUUGUGUAGGCAAAAGAAAAUGAAAGACAGUGAAAAGCUCUUUGAUGAUGCUAUAAUUUUAGGUUUGAUACCUACCAAAGAGACUUGUACUUCCAUGAUAUGUGGAUAUUGUAGAGAUAAAAAUGUGGCCAUGGCCAAGAAGUACUUCCAGAGGAUGGGAGAAUAUGGUUGUGUACCUGAUAGCCUCACUUAUGGUGCUUUGAUUAGUGGGCUUUGUAAGGAGUCAAAGUUGGAUGAGGCUAGAGACCUUUACAAUUCAAUGGUUGAUAAAGGUAUUCCCCCAUGUGAAGUUACACGGCUGACUGUAGCUUAUGAGUAUUGCAAGAACAAUGAACCAACCAUCGCGAUGGGCCUCUUAGAUAGAUUAGAAAAAAAACUUUGGAUUCGAACCGUAUCUACCCUAGUCAGGAAGCUUUGCAGUGAAAAGAAUGUGGAUGUAGCUGCUCUAUUUUUCCAUAAACUGCUAGACAAACAGCAGAGUGUGGAUCGAGUAACCCUUGCAGCGUUUAUGUCGGCAUGCUAUGAAAGCAAUAACUAUGACCUUGUCUCCAGUAUGAAUGAGAGGAUAACAAAAGAUUUUGGAGAAUCUACGGUAGAGUGACCUUGUGAUUUACUGUACAACAACCAAAAGGCUAUUUGGCAGGUGUGCAAGUAGCAAGUUAAAAUGAUUGCUUUAUCCUCUUUAAGAUCUUGCGUUGACGCAAAUGGCCAAGCUGAGGAAGAUUCUUUUCCAGGGCAAGUUGUUGAAUGGAAUUCUUUACAGCAAUGACGUGCUUGAAAGAGAAGCUCUUACAAACCUCCCUUGAUAUUAAAAGGAAGUUGACAAUUACAGAAAUGUUCACAGUAGGAAAAUCAGGUAUCUUUCUUUUCCUUUAAUAAUCACACAAUCAUUGUUCAGACAAGAUUGGGAGAUGAGGACAAAAGUUGUCAAAAAACUAUUAUACAGCGGGAGAGAUUGAUUAGGGUACAGUUAUUUGACAGCAAAUAGCAAUCACCUUAGUACUUCCCUUCUUUUUAACGUACGAAGAUGUUGGCUAGCUCACUAUGCAGCUGUCAAGUCAUAUGCAAUGGAAGGAGAUCCAGGACCGUAUAGCUGCUUGUACAGAUUGUGGUUUUGGUUUCUCGUCAUUUAAAUUUUGAUGCAUAAACCUCUUCCGCAAGAUCAUGGUUAGAGAAAGUCCUCUGGUGUCGUCAUUGCAGAUUCUUGAGAUUGCACAUUACCAAGGAUUUCCACAUUUUUGUUGACAGAGGUGGUAUGCAUUGCAGGCUACAUCAAACUGCCACCGCAUUUGUCAACACAUGAAACGUCUCCAGUCCAACAAUCCAUAGC